GCUGCCGCCGCCGCCUCCGCAGUCGCUGCGCUGAGCGCUGCAAAGCCGGGACCGUCGCUCCUCGUGCAGACAGACUCAAAGCCUCCGAGGCGAUGAAGCCGGGCUCCCUCUGAAGGUGGUGCUGCCGCCCGCUUUGCCUCCCGCAGCCAUGGAUACUGCUGAAGUGAUUGUUAGCAGCUGCAGUUCUCAUGAUGAAGAAAACCUUUACAGUUACAAGCAGCGGUCUUCAAUAUGUCAGGAAUUGCUCCUAGAAGAUCAGCUCAGAAGGAAACUUAAAUUUUUCUUUAUGAACCCCUGUGAAAAAUUCUGGGCUCGAGGGAGGAAGCCUUGGAAGCUUGGCAUUCAACUUCUGAAAAUUGCAAUGGUUACUAUCCAGCUAGUAGUCUUUGGAUUAAGUAACCAGAUGGUAGUUGCGUUUAAAGAAGAAAACACCGUGGCUUUUAAACAUCUCUUCCUGAAAGGCUAUACAGACAGACUGGAUGACACCUAUGCAGUGUAUACACAAAUGGAUGUGUAUGACCAAAUCUCCUUUGCAAUAAACCAGUAUUUACAGCUUCGCAACAUCUCUGUUGGAAACCAUGCCUAUGAAAAGAAAGGAGCUGAAGAGACACCUAUGGCAAUAUGCCAGUACUUCUACAAGCAAGGCACCAUCUGUCCUGGAAAUGACACCUUUGAUAUUGACCCAGAAAUUGAAACUGAAUGUGUUUAUGUGGAGCCAAUUCUGCCUUUGGUAAACCGAACACUACAGAAGAACUAUCUCAACUUCACUCUUGACUUCCAUAGACUUGUGACUCUUGAGCUCACAUUCAAACUGAAGGCCAUUAAUCUCCAGACGGUUCGUCACCAUGAACUCCCAGAUUGCUAUGAUUUCACUUUGACAAUAGUCUUUGAUAAUAAAGCACAUAGUGGAAGAAUUAAAAUAAGCCUGGAUAAUGAUAUUGCCAUCAACGAGUGUAAAGAUUGGCAUGUUUCUGGAUCAAUACAGAAGAAUACCCACUAUAUGAUGAUUUUUGAUGCCUUUGUCAUACUGACAUGUCUUACAUCACUGAUUCUGUGCACACGCUCUGUGAUUAGAGGAAUUCGUCUACAGAGGGAGUUUGUGAUUUUUUUCCAACUUCAUUAUAAGAAAGAAGUAUCCUUCAAUGAUAUGAUGGAAUUUGUCAAUGGGUGGUAUAUCAUGAUCAUAGUCAGCGACGUUCUAACCAUAAUUGGUUCAACACUAAAGAUGGAAAUCCAAGCCAAGAGUCUAACGAGCUACGAUGUCUGUAGUAUCCUGUUGGGAACCUCCACCAUGCUUGUGUGGCUGGGAGUGAUCCGCUAUCUUGGCUUCUUUCAGAAAUACAAUUUGCUUAUACUGACACUACGUGCAGCCUUGCCCAAUGUCAUUCGAUUUUGCUGUUGUGCUGCUAUGAUAUAUCUGGGUUAUUGUUUCUGUGGCUGGAUUGUGCUGGGCCCAUAUCACGUUAAGUUCCGCUCCUUGAACAUGGUUUCCGAGUGUCUCUUCUCUCUGAUAAAUGGAGAUGACAUGUUUGCCACUUUUGCAAAAAUGCAGCAGAAAAGCUAUUUGGUUUGGCUCUUCAGUCGGAUCUACCUCUACUCCUUCAUUAGCCUGUUUAUCUACAUGGUUCUAAGCCUCUUCAUUGCCCUCAUUACAGACACAUAUGAAACAGUUAAGCAUUACCAACAAGAAGGUUUUCCAGAGACAGAACUUCAUAGCUUCAUAUCACAGUGCAAAGAUUUACCAAAUUCGGGAAGGUACAGACUGGAAGACGAAGGCCCCAUAUCCAUCUUUUGCUGUUGUAAAAGGUCUUAAUGAAAAUGGCAAGAAUCCUUGGAUUUAUUUGGUGACUCCUGGAUGGCCUACUUCUCACAGAUCCUUCACUACAUAGCAGUCAAUGAGGAAAUUCUUACACAUGAGGCAUAACACCCUGAAGUUAUUUUGCAGCUGUCAUCAACUUCAAUGUCUUCUGCAGUGAUUGUGUUAAACUCUUAAGUUGAAUUUGAGUUGCCAGAUAAUGCACACAACAAUUGUUGCAGAAAGCAAAGCAAAAUAGCCAGCACUAGUGA